CACGCCUUUCGCACUCGUACCUCUCUGUCGUUCCGCAACUCAAGAUCGAACGCUGCCAUAGCAUACCGUCAACACUGUCGACAGAACAUCUGCGAUUCCCCCAGAACCUCGACCACAUCCACCGCUCAAUUACCCCGCACGUGCCCAAUCAUGGCGGACGCCGUCGCUGGGCAAGUAGCCAAGCUCCAGCUGGAUGAAGAGACUGGCGAGAUGGUCUCGAAAGGGGAGCUGAAGAAGAGACUGGCCAAACGGGCAAAGAAGGCAGCUCAAGCCAAAGCCAAGGCAGAAGCACCAGAAAAAGCACCUGUCGCACCCAAACCGAAGACCGAAGAGGCAAAAAUUUCCGAACCCACGAACAUGUUUGCCCAAGGAUGGCUCGAUGAGGUAUAUAAGGAGAGGCCAGUAAAGCCUGUGGUAACGCGGUUUCCACCAGAGCCCAAUGGAUAUCUGCAUAUCGGCCAUGCGAAGGCUAUUGCGGUCAACUUUGGUUUCGCGAAAUACCAUGGUGGGAAGUGCUAUUUGCGGUUCGACGAUACCAAUCCUGAAGCGGAGGAGGAGAAAUAUUUUACUGCGAUCAAGGAGAUGGUGGAAUGGCUCGGGUUUAAACCUUACGCUGUUACUUACUCGAGCGACAACUUCGAUAAACUAUACGAAAAGGCGGAGGAGCUUAUAAAAUUGGGCAAGGCGUAUGUUUGCCAUUGCGGGGAUGCUGAGAUCAAGGCCCAAAGAGGAGGAGAAGCACGAGGUCCUCGGUUUCGAUGCGCACACGCCGACCAAACGCCUGAGCAUAACCUAAGUGAGUUCCGAGCAAUGCGUGACGGGAAAUAUAAGCCAAGAGAAGCUUUCCUAAGAAUGAAGCAAAACAUCGAAGAUGGUAACCCUCAAAUGUGGGAUUUGGCGGCAUACAGAAUUUUGGAUGCCGAACAUCAUCGAACGGGUCCCAAAUGGAAGAUCUAUCCUACAUACGAUUUUACGCAUUGUCUGUGUGAUAGUUUCGAGGGAAUUACUCACUCCCUCUGUACCACCGAAUUCAUCCAAUCAAGAGUAUCAUACGAAUGGCUGAAUAAGACUCUUGGAGUAUAUGAGCCUAUGCAAAGAGAGUAUGGUCGUCUGAACAUCACGGGAACCGUCCUGUCGAAGAGGAAGAUCAUGAAGUUGGUCACUGAGAAGUAUGUUCGAGGCUGGGAUGACCCAAGGCUUUACACUCUCAUUGGAAUCAAGAGACGAGGUGUUCCUCCUGGAGCCAUUCUUGAGUUUGUCAAUGAACUUGGCGUUACGACUGCUCCAACAAACAUCCAACUUGCACGCUUCGAUCAAACCGUACGAAGAUAUCUCGAGCGCACCGUUCCUCGUCUUAUGGUCGUGCUAGAUCCAGUUCCAGUGGUAAUCGAGGAUGCCGAAGAGAUGGAACUUGAGAUCCCAUUCUCGCCAAAGAUUCCAGAAAUGGGCAGCCACAAGGUCAAAUUUACAAAGACGGUUUAUAUCGAACGCAACGAUUUCCGAGAGGUUGACAGUCCAGAAUACUUCCGGCUUGCCCCGGGAAAAUCCGUUGGUUUACUUCAAGUCCCCUAUCCGGUCAAAGCAGUUUCAUUCACGAAAGAUGGCGACAAAGUCACAGAAAUCAAAGCCGUCUUUGAUAAGUCAGGAAAGAAGCCAAAGACAUACAUUCAUUGGGUUGCCGAAGGAUCAAGAAAUGUCGAGGUCCGGAUACACAAUUCCCUUUUCAAGUCCGAAAAGCCCGAUGAUGCGGAAGGUGGUUUCAUAAAUGACAUCAAUCCCAACAGCGAGGAAAUAUGGCCUCAUGCCAUGAUUGAAUCGGGAUUCGACGAGGUGAAGGCUCGUGCUCCAUGGCCAGAAGCCGCUGGAGAAUCUGAGCUUGGAAAGGGAGGUCUUGAAUCCGUUAGGUUCCAAGCCAUGCGUGUGGCGUAUAUGGCAAUGGAUUCGGAUAGCACGGAUGACAAGGUGAUUUUCAAUCGCAUUGUCAGUCUGAAGGAGGAUGCUGGGAAGUAGGAUGAAUCAAGCGGCCAUGUUUCUGCAUUGAGGAGUUCUUAGAGCGGAGGC